CGCUCAUCACUACAUCCACACGUCUCCACAGAGGAGGAAGCACUGGAUAUUUGGGGUCUUUUGGGGGGAUUUACUGCCUCUUUUCAUAUGUCUGGAGAAGGGAUAUCUAAGAGCUCUAACUGAGGCGAGUCCUGUUGCUUUUAUUCAUUUAACUUCACUCACUUGUUAUCAUGUUUAAAAAUGUUAUAAGAUGCUUUUAAGUAGCAUGAACGUCUCACAACCUGCAGGACAAAUUGAUUUCUGCACAUUUUGAAAGUGAUAUAAGGAGAUCUGUUAUUAGGCAGUUUAAACGUGCGUUUCAAUUAUGCAUUUUUGCAAAAACACAAAUGUGUUGCAUGUUGGAUGUUCAGUUGUUCUGCUGAUCCUGCCUUCUGUCUGUAAGCAGAUCUUGGCUCUGGCAGAUAUUUCCUGCAGCUCUCUGGCAGCCGGACGCUUCCUCAGCAGAGCGGCUGCUGGCAGAGCAACAUCUGAGCAGGUCAUGAAGCCUCAGGAGGCCGAGCUCGUCUCUGAGAUCUCAAAGCUGCAGGGCAUGGUGUCGGAGCUGAAGUCGGGCUUCAGCGGCGCCCUGAUGGAGCUCAGUCAGAUCCAGCAUGGAGACAGCGACCUGAGGGAGGAGCUGCAGGAGAACCGGAGGAGCUGCAGGAAGAAGGCUCUGCGUGUGGAGGCGCUGGUGGAGGCUCUGAGGGAGGAGCUGGGGGUGAUGAGCGGUCAGAUCCUGCAGCUCUACAGACAGAAACCUCUGCAGGAAGACAAGGGCCUCACAGCCAAGAGCGGUGAUGUGUGUGAGCGCAGGACGCAGUGUGUGUGUGCUGCGUCGUGUGUGUCCCGGGGGAAGCUGCUGCUGCACUGCUUCCUGCAGGGACUCAAAGCCGGACUGAGUGAGGGCACCGACGCUCGUCAUCAGGUGGCGAUGCAGCUGCUCCACUCGGAGUGGGAAUACGUGUCGACGUUAAACCAGCUGUACGACAAAUACAGGAAGCCCCCGGACCACCUGAUGACCCUGGAGCCAUAUCAGACGUUUGUGAGUUUUGUGGAGCAGCUGCUGCAGAGACACCUGCUCUUCAGGAACACCCUGCAGGAGAGGCUGUCUGCAGAACACUGGAAGUCUCUGAUCGGAGACAUCGUGGUGCAGCUCAUCGGACAGAACGACACGGCGUUCUCAGAGAUGUACCUCGGAUACACGACCACGCUCGCCUCCUUCCUCUCGCUGGAGUUCAACAGGAUCAGCGUCUCUGAGAAGAAGCAGAACCCGAGGAACGUUCCUCCCUGUGUUCCUCAGAGCGGUCAGGAGGAGAUGAAGCUCCUCUCUCUGCUGCUCGCUCCCGUCUCCAGAAUCCACGCCUACCUGAGCCACAUCCAGAGCCUGCUGCAGUGGACGAGGCCGGAGCACCCUGACUGCAGCCUGCUGCUGGGAGCAGAGCGCGCGCUGAGGAGCGUUCUGACUCGCUGCCAUCAGACCCUGCAGGAGGACGUCCAGUGGGAGGAGGCCGGGGGUCAGAGCAGUGAUGCAGAGUCUGAAGGAUGCUCUGAAGGCUGCAGGAGACAACAGACUGCAGGCAGCAGCUCAGUGCGGAGAGAGGGGGGGUCCGGCCUCACUAACGGCCCCUCGAUGCGGGUGGAGUGCUUGUCCUGCAGCCCUGUGAGGAGGACCUUCACCCCCCACCCUCACCCGCACUGUGGGCACGCCUGCUGCUCCCUCCUCGCCCCCUCCUCCCCCGCAGCGUGGGGGGAGAACAGCGACUCGGGGAAGGGCACCUACAGGCAGGAGCCCCCCCACCCUCACCUGCAGAGCGGGGGGGAGACGGACCCCGACGACACCUCAGGGUUCAGCUUCUCCUCCGUGUCCUCCUGCAGCCCCGAUGGGACCCUGAUGGGGGGCAGGCUGGGGGAGGAAGAGGAAGAGGAGGAGAGCCAGGAGCCAGUGCUGCUGAAGAGGGAGGGGCCCCGGGAGAGAGAGGGAACCAGAGAGAGGGAGGGUCCAAGAGAGAGGGAGGGUCCAAGAGAGAGGGAGGGAACCAGAGAGAGAGAGGGAACCAGAGAGAGAGAGGGUCCCAGAGAGAGAGAGGGAACCAGAGAGAGGGCGAUGUGUCUGAGGUGGCAGAUCCCCAGAUUGACCCCGCACCCCCCCCCCCUGCCUGGUCAGCUCCUAUGGGAGGAGAGUGGUCAGCGUGAAGAGAGGCUCCCCCCCCCCCCCCUCCAUCCCAACAGCGCCUUCAGACCCAUCUGGGACGACCCCAAACAGCAGGUGGACUCGGCUCCGGAGAAAGACGGCCGAGGAUUCAUCCCCAUUCAGACAGCCACGGCAGGGAGAAAAACCUCCAACAACAACCCCCCCCCCAGCCGGGAAAACAUCAGGGGGGGCCUGUGGGAGGACAGCGAGGACAGCGAGGGGCCCUGCAGCACCGUGUGAACAUUUACACAUUUACUUUAUUUCCAAUGUAUUUAUUUCAAGGAGACUUUUGCCCCAAAUGGAAAUGCAUGAAUCAA